ACAUGGAAGGCCCAAAUGAUACAGAUGGGAAAGCUGACAAGCAUGCCUGCAGGUCUGAUGUGUGCCUCUAUGAGUGUGCAUGCAGCCAAAGAAGAGGAAUCCAAAAAGCAGCUAGUGAAACCAGAGCAGCUCCCCAUAUAUACUGCACCACCUCUUCAGUCUAAAUAUGUUGAAGAGCAGCCUGGUAAUUUACAAAUGGGCUUUGCUUCCAUCCGUACUACAACUGGUCGUUAUAUUGGCUGGUGCAAGGGUGUUUAUGUCUUUGUGAAAAAUGGGAUAAUGGAUACAGUACAAUUUGGAAAAGAUGCGUAUGUUUAUCUGAAGAAUCCACCACAAGAUUUUCUUCCGAAAAUUGGAGUGAUUACAGUUUCAGGAUUGGCAGGCUUGGUUUCAGCAAGAAAAGGUUCUAAAUUUAAGAAAAUUGUUUAUCCACUGGGACUGGCCACUUUAGGAGCAACUGUUUGUUACCCAGUUCAGUCAGUAAUAAUUGCAAAGGUAACUGGGAAAAAGGCAUAUGCUACAAGCCAGCAAGUUUAUGAAGCAGUUAAAUCACUGUGGACAAAAAACAACAAAAAAGAGUCACUUCCUGAACCUAAAGAAAAAACUAAGGUGCUACACAGUUUAUGCCUGACCCCAAGCUCAUGGAUCACGGGCAGUCCCAUCCAGAAGAUGUAGAUAUGUACAGCACGAGAAGCUGAAAUAGUCUGCAUAGAGUACUACAAGAUGUGUGACGUUGCAAAUGGUGAUGAAAAGAAUCAUGUAAUGGGUAACUCUGUUGCAUAGAGUAUAACUUAAAGCAAGUUUUUCCCUUAAUCUUCUAAUGUAUAGUUUGACCAAUGACAUAAGUGAUUAAAUCAUGGUGAAUAUAAUCCAAAGAAUAUCAAAUGAUUGGUGAAGAGGCAGAGGUAGUAGUAUUGGGAUACACUUGGUGCUUUUUAAGGGUGUUAUUAAAAAUAUAUAUGAACAUUUAUGAGAUUAAAAUCUGAAAAAAUAUGUAUGUGUAUAUAUAUAAAUACUUAUGCACAUAUAUAUUUGCUUUAGCUUUUUGUAAUUAAUAUCAGCUAAAAAGAAUGGUGUGUAGAAGGAUGUGUUCCCUACUACCCUCCUUUUUUCAUUUCCAGAGCUGUAAUAAAAUAUUCAUAUUUUAUGACA